GCGGUCAUAGUCACGCAAACUCAGAAAUCAGGAGGUGCCGGCUGUCCAGUGAGCGUAGUUGAUAUAAUAACAGAGUUAUAAAAUAAGCCUUACAGAUAUUGAUGAGGAUUUCAUGUCACAGCAAGUAUGGGUCAUCGAAUUGACGAUGUCAUGAAGUUGUGUUGUGAGUUGUCUGCCAAUCAGCAAAUACAGACCACAGUGAAAGGCUCAGGGAAGGGAGCCGCAGCAGCUGGCGGUCUGGCCUUUGCUGGAGGGUUAGUCGGGGGACCUCUUGGUAUCGCAGUCGGCGGUGCUGUCGGAGGCCUCCUGGGCUGCUGGCUGACCAGUGGACAAUUCAAACCGCUGCCUCAGAUCAUCAUGGAGCUCAGUCCUCAGCAGCAGCAGAAGCUCUAUGGUAGUCUUGUGGCGGUCCUGGGAGACAUUCAGUGGACAGAUUUGGCUCAGCUAACUGCUCUGGUGAUGGGUAACGCCACCCUGAAGCAGCAGCUUACGGCGACCCUUCUCGGGUACAUAUCCAAGGAGCUCCAGGCGGAUGUGCACUACGUGGAUUAGUAGAUACCCUAACUGAGGGGCGCACAUUCCCAGAAGGACGAAAAGAAUGUGAACUGUUUUUACGACGCUCAAGACUUUAUCCAAUGUGAAAUCACAUAUUGUAAAUUUGCACAGACGCCAGUCCUGGUUACAGGUUAUACUGGGUAAUAUGAAUAUUGUGAAAACAGCUGUAUAACUGGAUUAAUUUACUAUAAGAAGUACACUCGUAAGAUGAAGGAAGUAUUCAUUAAAUAAUGGCACUGUUAAUCGUGGUUUAACUACACUGAUUUCAAUACUCAAAUACAAAAGAUUCUGUACUGAAUGAGCGCCAACUGUACAGUUUGAAAUAGUUUGAUUUGAUGGUCAUUUAAGUGAUGAUUUUACCAGCAUCUGUGCACAAUAUAUUGUAUUUAAAUAAUUUCAGCAAUUUCAAAGAUUUCUGUAUUUCAUUGGUUCAUACGGUUUUACCCGGCACACUUUAUUCGUCCUGUGAAUCAAAAGUUAUUUAUCUUCACACUCUUUGCUGCUGUCACUGCGAUUAUAACUUUGUCAUAUUGCCUGACAAACUCAUUAAAAGGA